AGCUCUCUUCUCGACCCGACCCCAGCCAGCCAGCCAGCCGCCCCUCGGCUUAGGACGCAUUCCACGGAAGCCCGAAUAGAACAUACCCACCCAACCGAUCCCGCCUGCUCUGCCGCUAUGGCUCCGACCCCGACGAAGUACAUCCUCUUGUCGCUGCCUCUCAGCACCUUCGACACGGGCGACCGGCGAGAGGCUCUCGAAUCCCUCAAAGCGACGAUUAACCCCGAGAACGGGACCAUCUUGCCAUUCGCUGUCCCCGAUCUUAAGAUAGGGUCCCUAGACGCCUUGGUACAGCAAGCCGAUGAUCUGGCGAAGCUCGGCAACGCCUGCGACGGAGUGGUGAACAAGGUCGGGGAAUCGUUACGUGCCCUUUACGGAGGCAACGACGACAUGGCCUCCCAGCAGAAGAUGGUCAACGACAAGCCAACCGACCAGUACCUCCGCACCUUCAGGUGGAACAAAGUCCGCUACCGGGCCGACCGGCCCGUUGGCGAGCUCGUGGAUAUCUUGCAGAAGGAAUUGGCGACGAUCGACAACGAUGUCAAGGGCAAGUUCAAUCAGUACAAUCAAGUCAAGACGAAUCUCGCCGCCCUGCAAAGGAAACAAACGGGCAACCUCGCGACCAAAUCGCUUACGCCGAUCGUCAACCCCUCCUUGCUAGUAAAGGACUCUGAAUACCUCGAAACCCACCUCGUGGCCGUCCCCACGAACCUGAAGAAGGAAUUCUUGAGAAGCUACGAGACGCUGUCGCCUAUGGUGGUCCCUCGCUCGUCCACGCAGGUCGCGCAAGACGACGAAUUCGUCCUGUUUGCCGUCACCACGUUCAAGAAGCACAGCGCCGAGUUCCAGCAGAAGUGCCGGGACCAGAAGUGGACGCCCCGCCCGUACAAGUACGUCGAGGGCGGCAAGGAAGAGGAGCGGAAGGAGCUAGACCGCGUCGAGCGGGACGAGAAGAAGCUCUGGGGCGAGGCGCUGCGGCUCACUCGCACGGGGUGGAGCGAGAGCGUCAUGAUAUGGGCCCACGUCCUAGCCCUCCGCGUCUUCGUCGAAUCGGUGCUGCGGUACGGCUUGCCAUUGGAGUUCGUAUCGGCUAUCGUACUAACCAACGCAAAGCUAGCUAAGAAGGUCAGGACGGCGCUCGACGCGUCGUACUCAUACCUAGGCGGGAACGCCUUCGGCCGGGACAAGCGGGGACGGAUCACCAAGGACGACGCAGCCCUGACGUCCGAGAUGGCGGCGGCCGGACUCGGCCACGCCGCCGAGGGCCACGAGUACACGGCGUACGUGUAUUACGAGUUCGAGCUAUAGACGGGGCGUGAUCGCAGCGGCGGACGCCAGCUGUCUAGGCGUCG